GAGUCGCUCUCUCGGCCAAGCAGGCAGUCUGUCCAAGAACUCCCGCGACUGCACAAGCGAUUGGAGGAAAAGAGCACCUCAGCCCGCCCUCCUGCACCUGACGAGCGGGUAUUUAGUUUUCUGCACUUUCAAGGAGGCUGUGCGCGACAUAAUUCCACUUGCAUGGGGUAAGCCGUGGAUACCGUGUUAUAAAGGACCAAUGUGCCAGCCCUGAAUCCGUCUGCUGCUCCAAAGCCCGGGACCGUUAUUCUGCAGCGAGCGGCUUUCUUCUUCGCGAAAGGGGAGGGCAAGCCUGCGUUUCAAAAUGCCACGAUCUUUCUUGGUCAAGAAGCAUUUCAACUCUUCCAAAAAGCCAAAUUACAGUGAACUGGAUACUCACACAGUGAUUAUUUCCCCUUACCUUUAUGAGAGCUACCCGAUGCCUAUAAUUCCACAGCCAGAGAUCCUGAGCUCGGUUGCUUACAACCCCAUCACAGUGUGGACUACAACCGGUCUGCUGCCUUCUCCCUUGCCCAGUGACCUCUCGCCUCUGUCUGGAUAUCCUUCAUCCUUGGGAAGAGUCAGCCCACCGCCUCAUUCUGACACCUCAUCCAAGGACCACAGUGGCUCUGAGAGCCCCAUUAGUGAUGAAGAAGAGAGAAUUCAGUCCAAGCUUUCAGACCCCCAUGCAAUUGAAACUGAAAAAUUUCAGUGUAGUUUAUGCAACAAGACCUAUUCAACUUUCUCUGGACUGGCCAAGCACAAGCAGUUGCACUGUGAUGCCCAGUCUAGGAAAUCUUUCAGCUGUAAAUACUGUGACAAGGAAUAUGUGAGCCUGGGAGCUCUUAAGAUGCACAUCAGAACCCACACGUUACCUUGUGUCUGCAAGAUCUGUGGCAAGGCUUUCUCUAGACCCUGGUUACUUCAAGGUCACAUCAGAACUCACACUGGAGAGAAACCUUUUUCAUGCCCUCAUUGCAACAGAGCAUUUGCAGACAGGUCUAAUUUGAGGGCCCAUCUGCAGACCCAUUCAGAUGUGAAGAAAUACCAGUGCAAAAAUUGUUCCAAAACUUUCUCCCGAAUGUCUCUUCUGCACAAACACGAGGAGUCUGGCUGCUGUGUCGCUCACUGAGUUUACCUGGGCUCUGUACUUUUUUCCCACUGCUUUUCAACAAGAUAAGAGAAACCUUUCUCUCUCUCCCUGGCAUUUUAUUUCUCCAUCCUAACUCAGCAACUUUCCCAGAAGGUGCAAAACUAUUUUAGUUCAAAUGCUUCAGCAUUGCUUCUGUGUGAUACAAAGGAAAUGAAAACAAGAAAAAUACAGGAAGAAGCAAAUGCCAAAAGGGACAUGGUUUCUUUCUUUCUUUGCUAAGAAAGCAUCACAAAACUGUACAUUCCAGGCAAAUGAAAUCAACCAAAGAACUCUUUUUAAAAAAUCAAAUACCAAGAGUUUUUCCAGAUGCCAAAUAUCACAGGUUUUUUUCAGAGUAUUCCAUAUCAGAUCAGUAAAUGUCUAACAGGACAGGCCAAGUUAUUUUUUUUUUUUUAACAACAGUGUACUUCUUGAUCAGUAACCUGAAAUGUCUUAAAAUUGCAUCAUUCAAUGAGGAACAAAGAGAAUGUAUGUCCAACUGUUUUCCAUGUCUUAACAGUAUGUGCCUUUGUAAAACUGUCACUGCACACAUUUCUGGUGCAUGCUUGAUACAUAUUUUAUUCUCUCUUUUUUAAUUUUUGCAGUUCUUAACUUGUUUUUAAAACGGGAAUAAGUGCAAGUGUGAGGGUUGAUAGGAGUUUGUCAAUGGAUUUUAAAAUGCUUUCCCCCCUAAAUGCACAAAGGAAAUGCAAUAUUGUGAGCAAUACCCUCCAAGUGCCUUUAAAAAUGAUCUUCGUUAAGUAUGUGGACAUAAUGUACAUAGUUUUAUUUUUAUAUGACUGAAUGUGUUCUGAAUCAAAAUGAAAUAUUAUCUAUAGCAGUGUCUAUAGGUACCUUGAAGAAAGUGUGAAGCCAAAUAUCUUUUAUUGUUUUCUAGAAAUAAUUUUUGUACAAUAAACAUUUUGCAGUAAAUA